GAGGGAACGGAGGUAGUGGUCAUGUCUCGCUACACGAGGCCUCCCAACACGUCCCUGUUCGUCAGGAACGUCGCGGACGCCACCAGAAAAUCUAAAGCAGUCCACAGUAGCUGGCAAGAGCCCCUCAGUUUGAACCAACCUGUUAGCUAGAAUCCAAGCAUAAGCCGAGCAGGCGAGACAAAAGGCACCUAAAGUUCAAGCAUCAAGGAAUAAAAAGGGAGGGUGGACACAGAUAUAAAGACCUGGAAGAGGGGAAGUCUUUAUCAAGCAAAAGACAAAGCCAACACCAGGUUGAGACUUCGGCUUUCCUACAUUUACUCAGAGUUCCAGAGUCAAAGCCAAGUCUGAUUUUGUUGGUACUGCGUCUCUUAUAAAGUCCAUCUUGCAAGCCCUAAAGAAUAAAGGUCAAGGUUCAAGAUCAAGUGACAUUGAGACUAAAGGCUUCUGCAUGCUGAUUUUUUUCAGUGAAAGACCGGAUAAAUCUUUUACCUAAAAGAAUGGACUAGUCAUAUUUGAAGAUGUUCGUGAUGCUGAAGAUGCUCUAUAUAACCUCAAUAGAAAGUGGGUAUGUGGCCGUCAGAUUGAAAUACAGUUUGCGCAAGGUGAUCGCAAAACACCAGGCCAAAUGAAAUCAAAAGAACGUCACCCUUGUUCUCCAAGUGAUCAUAGGAGGUCAAGAAGCCCUAGCCAAAGGAGAACUCGAAGUAGAAGUUCUUCUUGGGGAAGAAAUAGGCGGCGGUCUGAUAGCCUUAAAGAGUCUCGACACAGGCGAUGUUCUUACAGCCAGUCUAAGUCUCGUUCCAAAUCACUCCCAAGGCGGUCUACCUCAGCAAGGCAGUCAAGAACUCCAAAAAGGAAUUCUGGUUCUAGAGGACGGUCAAGGUCCAAGUCCUUACAAAAAAGGUCCAAGUCUAUAGGAAAAUCACAGUCCAGCUCACCUCAAAAGCAGACAAGCUCAGGAACAAAAUCAAGAUCACAUGGAAGACAUUCUGACUCCAUAGCAAGAUCCCCAUGUAAAUCUCCCAAAGGCUAUACCAAUUCUGAAACUAAAGCACAAACGGCAAAACACUCUCACUUUCGAUCACAUUCCAGAUCUCGGAGUUAUCGUCAUAAAAACAGUUGGUGAACAGCAACAGAACAGUGCUACGUAGUCUUUCAUAUAAGUUAUUAAACCUCUCAUUAUGUUAAAUAAAAAUUCUUUAAGGCCUACAGAAAAUGUGAGUUGGCAUUAGUUACUUUGGGCAUGUGCAAGAAAUAAAAUCUCUCUAGCUUGGGUUAAUGAAGAUUUGCUUUCGAUUUGUCCACACCACAAAUUAUGAUGUGAGUCAUGUCCCAUUUUAUGGACCGUUUUUGUUUACAUUGUAGCAGAAGAGUACUUUUUAAAGGAAAUGGAUAAAAUGGAGCUAAUUCAACUUGGAUAUUAAGUAUUAGUAAUAAUAACGAAAGUAUUUUUUACUUUAAAGCACUUUACUUUCAUGUAAAAAGUAAUUAAGACUGUAUAAUUGCAUAGGGCAAACUUAAAACUAUUUGACACCUUAUAUCUCCUUUGUCUUUUCUCUUUAAACUUGGACCAAUUCCUGAUGCAAAUUAGUUCAUAUUAGAAAAAUCUGACAUUUCUAAAAAUAACACUUAGUUAUAUAGAGAUCAAGCAUUCAAAAGAUAAUUCUUUCCUGAGCUCAAAAAUGUUUUUAUUUUUACUGGGUGAAACAGUAUAGAUAAGUUAACAUUAAAUUGCACCCUGUACCACGUUCACUUACUUCAGAAAUAUCAAAACAUUUUAAAAAUACUGAAUUUUGAAUGGUUGGAGACUACUCUAAACAUUGUGUGCAACACUCCAAAAAUAUUAUAUUAAGCCUUAUACAUUUGAAGAGUGGUACAUUUUGUAUAAAAACCAUAUUUUAUACCAUUAAUUCUACAUAUGUACUUUUCAUCUACUGCUUAUUAACAUUUUCUUUUUAGAGCUCUAGCUCAAGGCUUUAAAUUGUAUAGAGUAAGUCUUAUUUAUUUUUGAAAGUGUUUAGUACCUUGUAUUAAGAAACUCAAGACUGCAUCCUCAAAAGAACAACUUUGCAGUAUUGGGAUUUACAUUACACUGCCCUUCAUUUUUUUAAGCCAAAUAACUGAAUUGAUAUUCAUUGCUUUUGUAGUGGUUAAAACCGAGAAUUUCUUUAAAAAAUGUGUUUGUAGUUUCUGUUUUUCAGAGGGUUUUGGUAGUAUUUGUGAUAAAAUGGUUUUGCAUAUUAUUACAGGGGGUAUAUUUAUAGAGUUCUGCUUGUGUACCUUGUUGAAUUAUACUGAAAAUUAAAAAUUCUCAGCCCAUACAGUUAAUAUUUGUAUCUAGAGUGCUUCAGGAAAAAAUGUCUUCUAUUUUUAGCAUAUAGGAGCCAAUGUUGCUUCUAUUUGUUUUGAAUACAAAUUCCACUUUUUUUUGCAUUUUACAUCCUAUGUUUAAGAAAC